AUGGAGGAAGAAGCUCUCGCUUUGGUUUUCGUUGUCCGCUGGUUCCACAAACUCAUUUAUGGCCGCCGAUUCACUCUGCUGACAGACCACAAGCCGCUGCUAUCAAUCUUUGAAUCAAAAACAGGCAUCCCAGCCCACUCCGCAAACCGCCUGCAAAGAAUUCUGCUUUUGUAUCGUACAACACCAAACGAGGCUCUGCCGAAUCGACAGUCGCCAUCUGAGGCACUCAUGAGGCGCAAAUUGUGGACAACAAAUUCCGCAAUGAUUCCGGUACAGGACAACCGCCCGGAGCCUCCGAGCACGAAGUAUACCAUGCCAUUUGAAAUCGGAACAGCCGUAUGCGUUCGAGACUAUCGACCAUGGCACAGCCCAUGGAUCGAAGGGACUACUGCACGCCGACACGGCAAGGUCAUGUUCGACGUGGCGAUAAGUCAAGACACGUGA